AUGAGCGAAGACGUGGUCGAUAAACUGAAAACUACAGUUGUAAAACCAAUCGUCUAUGGCAACAUUUCUCGAUAUCUGGGAAAAAAACGCGAAGAGGAUGGGCGCACGCACAUGUGGACCGCUUUCCUACGUCCCUACAAUGCGAAUGAGGAUAUGUCAACCUAUAUCCGGCGAGUUCAGUUCAAGCUGCACGACAGUUAUUCCAACCCCAUACGCAUUUUCAAUAAGCCACCCUACGAACUGACCGAAACUGGUUGGGGAGAAUUCGACAUUGUGAUAAAAGUGACCUUCACUGAUCCAAAUGAGAAACCGUUGGUUAUUACACAUUUGCUAAAACUGUUUCAUUGUGAUCAUGAAAUUAUGAUGGGUCAAAAAAGCCUCGUCCGUGAGAUCUAUGAUGAAAUGGUAUUCGUUGAUCCCUCACCUUCAUUCUAUCGGGCUCUGGUUAGUUCCACUACAAGUAACAAAGCACUCCCCCCAGUGUGUCAUGAGACUGACUUUAGUGAGGCCAAACGUGACACGUUGAUCAAGGUGGAGGACCUCAACUCCAAAGUUUUGGAUGCGAUAAUUGCAUACAGGGAACAACUGCGACUCAAAAAGGACAUUGUUGAAGAGGCUCGAACUUUGGCAGAUGAGUUGGAGUCCUCGUGUGUGGGAGCUUUCAAUUAA